GCUCUGUUUUCGAUUUACUUUCUGGUUGCUUCUGCACAGAGAUGAAGGGCGUGCGUUCUGGUUUUGCUUUUGCAGAGACAAAGGACUGGAAGCCGCAGACGGAGGCCACGAGCGAGCAGCAGGUUCCUGAUUUCUGGUUGAGAUCCGAGAAGGCAGUUGUGGAGUCGUCGAUGGCUGAGAUUGGGGAGGCAGUUGGUCGUCGAGACAAAGGACCGAAAGCCGCAGACGGAGGCCACGAGCGAGCAGCAGGUUCGCGAUUUUUGGCUGAGAUCGGGUAGGGAAAAGUCGGCGAUGGUGACUGGUGCGUGGUACUGGUGGUGGUCCGGUGGUGCUGUUCUUCCCCUGCUUUCUUUUGUUUUUAAUUUCUCUUGGGUUUGCUUUUGCAAUUUGUUGCGAUUUUAAUUUUUAAUUAAAGUUAAUGGUGUGG